AUGAAGCACGUGCUCGUCCUCGCCGCCCUCUUUGCCCUCGGUGAAGCCGCCCCAAAAGAGGUGGGGUCACAUGUGGGAGGAGUCUGUCGCUGGCUCGUGAACAACAUCACAGACCCAAACCUGGGCCAGUACCUCCCACAGUGUGAUGAAAAUGGGAACUUUGAGCGCAGGCAGUGCUGGGCGUCUCUGGGCGUGUGCUGGUGCGUGAACCCCAUCACCGGAGAAGAGGUCCCAGGAAGCAAGAAGAUGCACGGACAAGACCCACCUAAAUGUGAUGGCCAGGAGGAGGAGGAGGAAGAGGAGCAUCUUGAGAAGAAGCCGGACUGCCCUGAACACUGGAGUCAGUUUGACGAUCACUGUUACAUCUACAUCGACUCCCCCAAGACCUGGGCUGAGGCAGAGAUGUACUGUCAGUUUGAGGAGGGGCAUCUGGCCUCGGUGCACUGCUCCAAAACCAAACACUUCCUGCAGGUCCUGACCAAAGGAAACACACAUCAAUUCCCCGAAAGCUGGGUCGGAGGCACCAAUGCUGUCACGGCCUGUCUCUGGAUGUGGACUGAUGGCUCACAGUUUGACUUUGAGGACUGGUCCAGUGAGGAGUGCAAACUCAGAGAGCACAGCUGCCUCAAGAUCAACUAUGGAUAUCAGAUGCACUGGGGCUCUGCCGACUGCAACGACACUCUGCCAUUCGUUUGUGCCAAGAAAACUGAAUUCCACCAUAACAACCACUAUUAGUACCAUAGACUGUAAUACAUAUAUAUCUAUACAGUCUAUGAUUAGUACAGAGACACUAUCACCGCAGUGGCUGAGUGAUUUUAAGUCUUUUUUCUUUAUAUUUAAUAGAGAAAUAACAUGAAACUUAGCAUUCAGAAUUUUGUUUUAAGAGUAAAUAAA